AUGACCAUGGAUGUGUCAAAAGCUGAGACCGGGCCACCCGGAGCUCCUCAACAAUGUGCAGGGUGCGGGAAGCAAAUCCAGGACAGGUAUCUUUUGAGGGCCUUGGAUUUAUUAUGGCAUGAAGAUUGUUUAAAAUGUGGUUGCUGUGAUUGCAGACUUGGAGAAGUAGGAUCAACUUUAUACACCAAAGCAAAUCUCAUACUUUGUAAAAGAGAUUAUUUAAGAUUAUUUGGAAAUACAGGCUACUGUGCUGCCUGUAAUAAAGUUAUUCCUGCCUUUGAAAUGGUUAUGAGGGCCAGAACGAAUGUUUACCAUCUAGAAUGUUUUGCCUGUCAGCAAUGCAAUCAUAGGUAUGUCCAAUUUAUUGAUUAA